CUUACAAAAGAGCUCGAAACCGCAUCGCUCACCAUGGCACUGUCGACUUCCCUACAUCCGUCUACCGAAGACCUUGUUCUGCGUCUCCAGUUCCUUGAUCACUUCAUCAUAUCUAACGUACCACGGGAAAUCAGAGCUGCGUCAUGGGCCGCGACAUUCGACCGCCAAGUCGACUACACAAGAGACGGGUUGGGCUGCGUCACUGCCGUGCAGCCUCAUGACCCAUCCACAGAACCCAUCAUCUGGAGGUGGACAAAACGACUCUCUCAUCAGCAGUCGAAUCACGAGUAUAUUGACGAUCUUCUUGGGGACCCAUUAUUUGAACGUUUCGGGCACCGGAUCAUCAUCGAUCAAAUGUCGUCUGUUCUAUCAGACUACUACCGACCUUGGCCUGGUGCGGAGUCGACGCGUGAUUGGGCUGAGAACGUCGAUGAAACCCCUUUUCGACUGCGAAGGCGCUUCGCCGUUCAUGUGUCAACUAAGAAAUUCUGGACACUAGAACACACAAUACAACGAUUCUCUGGUGCUGUGGCCUUGCGAGUUGACCGUGAUUCUGCCGACAGGACACCAAUACCACCCAAAUACGUAAACGAAAUAGUUGACGAGGGUCGGUUGCGAUUGUUACAGAUAUUCGGGCCUUCUGUUGAAGACCUACAGGCACUUUCUAGCGCCAUCCCAUCUACAGUUCGUCGCUUGGAUAUCGGCCUGGGGGAUGGUCCAAUUUGGAACGUGGGUGACUCUUUGGAACUAAGAGAAUUCGUUGGGUUAAAAGGGUUGGUUAACAUUGAGGACUUACGAAUUCAUCGUCUGAACCCUUGGCCGGAAUUCUAUCGCUUUCUUGCGGAUUCGUGUCCAGAUAAGCUUUCCACUCUGGAACUAUCUUUUGAUGUCCCGCACAUUCCAGCUGAAGAUGACAUGCGUCUGCUCGGAGUGGCACUACCCGAAUUGAAGAGUCUUACCCUGAGAUGCCUGGAUAUAUCGGACAAACCGACAGGGGGAACGUUCUCGCUGUCUUCGAUCGGCCAUUUACCCCGCCUGACCCACUUAACGGUUCUGGGCUACGAGUCGCUGGUUGAUCUCGAGUGUCUCCCUACCUCACUUACCCACCUUGAAUUGAGCCAGCUACAAGGGUCCUGGCAAGCACUCGGGAAACUCUCCCAUCUCCAUACUUUGAAAGUCAAUCUUCAUUCCCCCGCGGAUGCGGUCAUGGAUCUCAACCACCUUAGUUCGAGUCUCCGGUAUCUUUCGAUUGACAGCACUGAGGUCGCUAAGGUCGAUGGUGCACCAUCUUCCGGCCUCGCAGCUCUCUAUAUCUCGCCACGUAUCGACUUGACCCAUAAGCAGCUAAUGAGAAAGAGAGAUAUCCUUCUCAAAACCACGUAUAAUGGGGACUGGACGGACGACUUCAGCCGGGCUUGGGCGUUGAGUGAAAUAAAGGAGAUCAAAACCAGACUCGCGGACCUGCAGGUGGCUAUCCCUCCGGCGUACGAAGAUCAACAUUCGGAAGCAAGGACAACGUAUCUGGGAGAUUUGAACAAGUAUCGAAUUCAUGGAUCUACCAUUCCGCAGAUUCGAAGUCCCGACCACCUCUCCAUUUGAAGAUAUUCACUGUAGAUGAAGCAGACGAGGACAUAAGUAAAAUCACUGCAAUACUGGUUUAAAGGGGCGUUUGACUAAAUUGAAGAGAAUUCAGGCCGAUAAGGGCUGCGCUAAGACAUUCAAGCGCCGUUCAUUUGUCCCGAAUGUUGACAUUAUGACGCUUCUAGUCCAGGGCUUUAACUCUUUUGGCUCGG